AAAACGCAGCUGAAACGCGUCUGCCCUCGGUAGUAAACAACUGUUCAUAUUUUUUUCAUAAUUAUUUCAUUUGAAGAAAUGAAAGACGAAAAUAUUUGUAUUUAAUAAAGAAAAGAGGCGAUAUGUGGGACAAAUGUUAAAUAAUAACGAAUGAAUAUUAAGUCCCAGAUUUUUGAAGAUUAAAAAUGCCUGCUGUUACGCAGUUCCAGUAAGCUAUUAAAAUUAAUUCAGCACACAAGUCUGUAUUCAGUUAAUCACUUUAAGGGUUAUUUCAUGAUGGUAAGAGUUAACUAGAUUAUCUCUUACUGUAGUAAGAGUUAAUCUAGCAGUGGGUGUUUUGUCUUCCACUGACGUCUCAUCAGAAGCUCAUCUACUUCCUCAAAUGUUACUUUCUUUCACUUUUCGUUUUGGUGGAGCUCAAACUACAGAAAGAAACGUAAAUUACACAUUUGUAUAAAGAUUAAAGCAUGGCUGUGCCCUACACCACUGGCAACUUGAGGAAAGUCUGAUAUUUGUGAUGUGUGAAUCCCAGCGGAGGAAACGGCUCAGUCUCUCAGUGAGGCCAUCAAUACAGGAGACAAAGCCGAGGCCAUCCGAUGUGUAGAGCAGCUCCUUACACUGAAUGUGCCUGUGUGUAUGCAACUUUCUCCGGAGGCCUAUUCCCAAGAGUGCAUCAGGUUGAGAGUUGGUGUUGAGGAUGCGCUAUCUGAUGCCUACAUCACGAUGCUGGUGACUCCUGGCAUGAUGAUCUCAGAACUGAAACAGAAGGUUAAUCGAGACUAUGGCUUCCACCCGUCACAACAGUGCUGGAUCAUAGGAAAGCGUUUUGCUAAGGAUGGAGACACUCUACUCAGCCACAAUGUGACCAGUGAUGAUGAUCUGGCAUUUCUCUUCAUCAGGUCUGCCCAUUCUGCCAAUCUUAGCCGUGAACAGCAGAAACAAGAGGAGCAGGACAGGAAGAUAGGCGGUAUAAUUGAGAACAUUGAGGUGCUCAGUAGAGGUCCAGCAGAAUUGGGAGCACGACGCAAAGAACCUCAAGUGUCUCCUGUACCAAAACCUCACCCAAAGCCUCCUCCUAAACCAGUGAUAGGAUGGACGUGUUUGCUUUGCACAUAUGUGAACAAACCCACACGACCAGGGUGUGCAAUGUGCAGUGCUGAGAGACCAGAAAACUAUAAAAUCCCAGAUAUAUACAAACCAGAUGAAGAGGAAACACGCAGACUUCAGCAAGAAGAGCUGGCCAGUCUACAGUAUGAACAGAGCAUCGUUGAGGAGAGGGAGAAGAAUUUUCUCAGUCUGCUGGAGACAGACAAUCAUGACCUGGUUAGUAACACAGAGGAGAUUUCCUGCCCCAUCUGCUGUGAUGAGGUCCUGGCAGGAGAGGGCGCCACUCUCCGAGAGUGUCUUCACAGCUUCUGCAGAGAAUGUGUGAAGAUGACCAUUCUGAACUGUGUGGAUGCAGAAGUGGCGUGUCCUUAUGCAGACGGGGAGUACUCCUGUGACUGCAAGCUUCAAGACCGAGAGAUUAAAACACUCCUGUCACCUGAUGAGUACCAGAAGUUUUUGGAGAUGAGGCUGAGUAUUGCUGAGUCACGCAGUGAGAACAGUUACCACUGUAAAACCCUGGACUGCCCCGGCUGGUGCAUAUUUGAAGACGAUGUCAACGAAUUUGCUUGUGACAUCUGCAAUGAGACGAACUGCCUCCUCUGCAAGGCCAUUCAUAAAGGCAUGAACUGUAAAGAGUACCAAGAUGACCUUCGCCUCAGAGCAGAGAAUGAUGUUGCAGCCAAAAAAACCACAGACACACUACAGAUGAUGUUGCAGAAUGGAGAAGCCAUGUACUGUCCUAAAUGCAAAGUGAUCAUCCAGAAGAAAGAUGGUUGUGACUGGAUCUGCUGCCUCAUGUGUAAGACGGAAAUCUGUUGGGUGACCAAACAAGCCAGAUGGGGUCCUCAGGGUACUGGAGAUGUCUCAGGUGGAUGCAGAUGUCGCAUCAGUGGCGUCCCUUGUCACCCAAAUUGUCAAAACUGUCACUGAUCUCUAAUCUACCCUGUUAGGACACAUUAUAUUUCCACUAACCAUUACUGGAGUAAGGAAGUAACCUUUUCUGUAACGAGCAGACUGAAACUAUUGAUCCGUAAGCAUAAUACAAUCAGUUUAAUUGGUGGAAGUAUGAAUCAUCAGUUGGGUAUGUGAUCAGGCUUCAUAACCUUUACAUGAACUGUUUACCAAAAAAAAAAAGGCUCAUCUUUGCCAGAUGUGUUAUGAGGCUACACAUAUAACCAAAUUGUUUUUGGAUAAUGACCAAAGCAGAUCUUGCACAUUAAGGAUUAUGGCACUAAGAUUUUAGAUAUUAGAUAGACUAGAGUAUUUUUGUAGCAUUGCUGUAUUGAAUAUGCAAAUGAGGAAGGUAGUUGUAUGCUAGUUAAUUACAGAAUUUUUUUUUGUUUGGGGGGGGAGAUUUUCCCCAUCUUCACUUGUAAAUUCCCACCCACUAGCCAGCUCUACCUGUGUCAUAAGAGAGCUGCCAACCAAUAAUGUAGCAUGAAGCCUAACCUAUGCUUCCUUUGAGACACAUGAAGCCAGGUAACUGCAUCUUUUCAAACUGAUGUCACAGGGCAGUGUAAUGCACUUGGAGGAAAGGACCGUCUACACUCUUCUGCAUCCAUGAGCCACAACAGAUUGAGGGGGUGGGGGGAGUGUAUGCCAUCCCUCCCACCCAGAAAGCACAGCCAAUUUUGUUUUCUUUACUCCUGACCAUGGAUGGCUACAGCAUCAUCGGGAUUUGAACUUGUAAUCUCCUGAUAAUAUUGUGCCAUUCAGUAGCUUUGGAUAUUAAACUUCUGCAUUAUUCUAUAAAUAUGCAAUUUAAUUAUACGGGUGCAUAUGAAGUUAGCUUUCAAAUAAAGUUAUGCUAAAACAAAAAUAAACUAAAGUUAACCAUUUAAAAGGUAAGCAUGCAGUACAUAUCCAACAUUUUAAUGAUGCAUUAAUAUCUGUAAAUUAUGAAAUGUGAAUGUCAAUGUACAUCAUGUGUAUAAACUGACUGGAUCUUCCAGAACAUCUGCAAUAAUAAUCACUUGUGACACAUU